AUUUCCUCCUAUCCGAAAUAUGUUUCCUGCAUGUUCCGUUAGUGCGUGCACCUCUGAUUGGUUGACUCGCGUUCUGCUGUGACGCUAGACUUUUAGUCCGGUGAAGGAGGGGCGACUCUAAUGGCGCAUCGCAGCCCGACCGAUCCAGAUCCCCACAAAUAAACAACUGCAGUCGUUUACGAUCGUGCCUAAUUUGUGCGCCUGUCGGUCGCGCCGUGCCGUAGCCGUGCUUCGCGAAUUUGCUCAUUGAGCAGAUCGGCUGGGUUUGUUUUUACCGGCUGUUCGGAGCGCAGAGGCCCAGAGGAAAGACGGCGAAUCGAGAAUAUGUAAGAAGUGUCACCAUGACAUCCAGAUUCAGUAAAACCUACACUCGGAAGGGAGGAGAGGCCAGCUCGAAGUUUGACGAGGUGUUUUCCAAUAAGAAGGCAACGCUUAGCACCAAAUGGGGAGAGACCACCUAUAAAGCUCAAUUGGGGGUCAAACGGCCCUCGUUCAAGCCAGAGGUCCCAGAGCUGACCAAACGGUCCCGAUUUGAUGAUGACGACAGCUCAGAGGACCCGUUCGGCUUCGACAGCGAUGACGAGUCCAAAACCAUCAAGUCCAGCGGUACACCCCAGUCUGAGACGAGCUCAGAUGCGGCGGGGUCCGAGAACGAGCAGUCCAAACCCCAGACAACAGUGGUCAGAGAAAGCACUUCGAACGUCAACAGAGGUGUGGUUGCUCCAAACAGCCCAGCUAAAACGAUUGCGGCAUCAUCGCACGCUGCCGUCGGAGGGGCUUGGAGUAAAUCCAGCAUUCCUGUAAGCAAACCACUCUCCCAGACUUCUAGCUUAAAAACCCACAGUAGGAACUUCUCGGAUGAUUGGGACUCUCCUGAGGAGGACUCAUCACCGGGUGCCGGGGAGGGAAGUUCUCAAGAUGGACUCAAGAGCUCGGAGCCAUGCCCCACUGAGCCGGAACCUCCGGCAGAACCCGUCGACUUUGAACAGCUUCCGCUUCUUAAACCGUCCAGCGAUAGAGUUUACAAACGACCCAACCGGAAUAAAGGGUCUGAUAGCGGUGAUGCGGUGACCUCUGUUGUGAGUUCUUCGCCGGCGCCUGCCCUCGCGAACAGUGUCAGUGCGGGAGUUUCUGGGACUACGGAGGUCAAACCUGCCGGUCGAGGCCGAGUGAGGGACUACACGAUUCUUCAUCCGUCCUGUGUGUCGGUGUGUAACGUCACCAUCCAGGACUCGAUCGAACGAAGUGUGGAUGAAUUAGUCACCCCGGUGCAAGCUGAUAUCGGAGAGGCAGGAACUUUUAGGAAGAAAACGGACACACAGCCUGCCAAGCCUACCAGGUUCAGGCCCACACAGAAUAAAAGCAAAAAAGAGACGAAACUGGAGUUUUUCGGCUUUGAGGAGAAUGACGUUCAGGAUGCAGACGGAGAGGCCACUGUGUCCGGCAGCACCAGCUACAAGAUCAAAUACUUUGGUUUUGACGAUCUGAGCGAGAGCGACAGUGAGGAAGAGGACGAUUCAGAAGCUAAAGAGAAGAAGGAAAAGAAAGCUAUGGCCCUGUCGACCAGCGCUGACAGCCCGCAGAGCAACCACUCACAGGAGAGUCAACAGAGCCAAAGCAGCGCAAACACAGACUCUCAAGAGUCGUUGGAUGAGACGGGCUCCUCGGGCUCACAGAAGGAACAGCAGGGAAAGCAGAGCGACAAAUCAAAAGAGAUUGGACGCAAGAUCUUCAGCAAGCCAAAAAAAUCUCCUGCUAAAGCCGUAUAUAACGCCCGUCACUGGAAUCAACCCGAAGCGGAGGAAGUGCCGGCUCCCGUUUCCUCUCACACCAUGCCAGCACCUAAGCCCAGUGUGUCAAGCGGCAACAAGGAUACGAAUUCCCAUAAGGACGACGGAGUGUUUAAAGCCCCGCCCCCUCCUCCUAAAGUCAUUAAGUCGGUGACUAUGCCCACUGAGCCAUACCAUGACAUUGUCACUGCACUUAAAUGCAGAAAGGAGCACAAAGAGCUAUACACGGUGGUCCAACAUGUGAAGCACUUUAAUGAUGUGGUGGAGUUUGGGGAGAAUCAGGAGUUCACAGAUGACUUUGAGUAUCUGGAGACGGGAUUGAAGAGCACACAACCACUCAACACACGCUGCCUUAGUAUAAUCAGUUUGGCCGCACGCUGUGCCGUGCCGAGUUUUCGCAUGCACUUGAGGGCCAGAGGGAAGGUGGCCCAGGUCUUUAAAAUGCUCAGUGAUUCCCAACAGCACCCGAACCUGGCUCUGUGCACAGCGUCUCUGAUGUACAUAUUGAGUCGAGACCGGCUGAACAUGGAUUUAGACCGGUCUUGUCUGGAGCUGAUGAUCAGGCUGCUGGAACUUGAGCAGGAUGACUCUGUUGCAGACCAGCUGACAGCUAAAGAGAUGAGCAAAGUUAAAGAGAAGAUUCGUAAACUCUGUGAAACGGUGCACAACAAACAUCUGGACCUGGAGAACAUCACCACGGGUCAUUUAGCUAUGGAGACACUUCUGUCUCUUACGUCGAAGCGAGCCGGAGACUGGUUUAAAGAAGAGCUGCGUUUACUGGGCGGACUGGAUCACAUUGUUGAUAAAGUAAAAGAGUGUGUGGAGAACUUGAGUAAAGAAGAAGAUAAAGAGAGUUUGGUGGCGUCUCUCUGGGGAGCUGAACGCUGUUUGCGGGUUUUGGAGAGUGUAUCUGUGCACAACCCAGAGAACCAGGCUUAUCUGAUCGCUUACAAAGACUCCCAGCUCAUAGUGUCCUCAGCAAGGGCUCUGCACCAUUGUGAACAGAUGAUCCAGCGUUACAGUCGAGAGGUAUCUUCAUCAUCUGACUCCGCCCUCUCGCAUAGCAGUCAUAGCAACGUGGGUAAAGCUGUGGAGGAUUGUAUGAGGGCUGUUAUUGGGGUUCUGCUCAACCUCACACAUGAUAACGAAUGGGGCAGUACCAAAACAGGUGAGCAAGAUGGUCUGAUUCUGACAGCUUUGGACUCCGUUCUCAAGGUUCCUCGCUAUUUGCCUCAGGAGCAGAGAUUCGAUAUUCGCGUGCUGGGUCUUGGUCUUUUAAUAAAUCUGGUGGAGUACAGCGCCAGAAACCGACACUAUCUGGUGGAGAUGGAGGUGGAUAUGAGCUACCUGAAUGAUACGGAGGUAUCCGUGAAGACCGAGAAUGAUGUGCAGAUGAAAGGAGAGGAGGAGACGAAGACUGAAGAGCAAAAAGAGGGCGAGAAGGGAACCACAACACAGAAGUCAAUGUUCAAUGCCCUGGUGGCUCUGGUGCAGCUCUUUCUGGAACGAGAGCAAGCUGCCGUGUUAGCUGAGGCGCAGACUGAUGAUCUCAUCAGCGAGGCGCCCAAAGCUCAGGCGGACCAGAGCGGAGAAUGGCAAGAAACCUCAGGAGAGAUCCAGUGGGUCGAAUCAGAAACCAAUGACACGAAUGACAAGAAUGACAAGAAGGAGGAAGAGGAAGAAGAGCUCGAUCUCAACAAAGCACUGCAGCAUGCUGGGAAACACAUGGAGGACAGCAUUGUGGCAUCAUAUACAGCUCUUCUGCUUGGGUGUCUAUGUCAGGAGAGUCCGAGUAAUGUGAAAACGGUGCGGGAAAGCCUUCCUAAGGGAGAUUUCUCUAUCAUGACUGAAAUGCUAAAGAAAUUUCUUAAUUUCAUGAAUUUGACAUGUUCUGUUGGAACUACAGGACAGAAGUCUAUCUCACGGGUGAUUGAUUAUUUGGAGCACUGUUAGCAGAGGUGUCCCUCUUCCGUGGGAUAAAUCUGGACCUGGCAACGUGCCUUAGGCCCUUCAGGACAGGAGACAGCAGCUCUGGUGGUAAAGGUGGUUCAGUGUCGCUUCAGUCAAGCCACCCAAGUGUCUGCAUUUUCACUCAUUUUGUGUUCUCAUGAUAUUUUAGUUUUAAAGAACCGAUCCUCGUGUUAAAUGCAAACCGGGCUUUGUAUUGGAACAAAAGAAUGUUGGACAAAAAGAAUGAAUUGUGUUUGUUUUUGGUAUAAUAAGGAUUUACACUAAACUUAUCUGUAACUUAUUGAUUUUUUUUAUCGUGAAACCGGGUUUUCUUUACACCUGGCAUUAACAUGACAGGUUUCCCAGACAUGGUUUAGAUUAAUCCAGGACUAAGCCUUAGUUAUAUUAGGACAUUCAAGUAGUUUUUACAAACAUACCUAACAAAAACAAUACUGGUGUGCUUCUUGAGAUAAAACGAUGGCAAUGAUAUAUGUUAAGAUAUGUCAGGGGCAACAGGUUUUUAAAUUAAGACAGCUCAAACAUGCAUUUUAGUUGGGACUAGGAUGAGCCCUGCCCCCCCAAAAUGCCCCCACAAUUGGAUUUCACUUGCCCACAUUUAAAGCCAUACCGUGUAAAUGGAUCUGGUCAUUGAAACAACUUUGGGAGGUGAUCAGGGGCUGUUUCACAAAGCACAGCGAUUUUGUUUAGUUCUGCUUUUUAAAAGUGGGGGAAGCAAACAUUUCAAUGGACAACGCAUAUGAAACACUAAAUUUGUCUUUUUUUUUCUGGUUCUAAAAAUUAGGGAUGUAACGAUGUCAAAGGUGACAUUGGAGUAAAAAAAUCUAAAGUUUAGUUUCAUGUGCUGACGCAAAACCUUUAUGUGCAGAAUUUUUUUUUUAAGUUUAGUUUCGUGCGCGCACAUGAAACUUUCACACGAGCACGCGAAACUAAAUGCGGUAGUUUCACGUGCGCACGCAAAACUAAACUUUAUUUAAUUUAUUUAAUGUUCCUUUAGGGGCUCCGUAGGUAUGCACGAUUUUUUUUUUUCUUUUUUUUUUUGCUCAAUACCGAUAUUAAACGGCCAACUAUUGGCCGAUAUUAAACGCUUGUAUACAAUACAAUACAGUUGGCCAAUAGCUAGUUUAUUUCUGCAUCAAAUUAUUUUUACUGAACAUGGAUUAGAUCUAUUUAACAUUCAACUGACCAACAUAAUAAGAGAGGCAAGAAGUAAGAUAAAGAUUUUGCAAUUUUUUUUCUGGUCUUUAUCCGAGAUUUGAAAAAAAGCGUAGAUAGCAGACAUUUUCCAAAAUACCCUUACUCUGACCGCAGAUUUCACAUGAAUAAGUAAUUCCUCACGUUUUUUCCCAUCGCUCGUCUGACAAACUAUAAUUUGUACAGAUUUUAUUUUGUUUUGGGAAGUAUUUAAUUAUUUUGAUAAUAAUUUUUUAAAAUGCUGGAUUAUGCAACAGACAUGCAACUUAUUGCCUUCACACAGUAAAUUAAUAAACAAUCGGUAUCUGCCUUUCUCGUGCUAUUGCUGAUAUGCCGAAGGUUUAAAAUUCAUCAAAAAUCGGCCGAUACAUAUCGGCGGCCGAUACAUCGGUGCAUCACUACUAAAGAUGAUAGAAGUAUUGAAAAGAUGGACCUUCGUGUCCUUUGUGGCUUUUUGAUCAUCCAUCUCCUACGCUGCAAAAAAUGGUUUUCAAGAAAAAAAAUCUCAAAUUAAGAUUCUUUUUCUUGAUGAGCAAAACGAC